AAAGUGGUGACUUCGUAAUAGGGGGAAACACUGAGGGACGGAACACGAAUGUUGCUGAUCGACUUUGCGCCCCUCUAUUAAUAGACAGGCGGGCAUUUUCUGCUUAUUCACGCUACAUUGGAUGUCUACUGGAUGUACUGCAGCCGUAUGGUAAAGCAGGCGGGGGUAGAGUGAAGAAAGAGGGCGUUUUGGGGGGAGAAACGAGCCUAGUGACGGGCCAAGAUGUCGAUUCAGUACGAGGAGCCGCCGCUGGCUGAUAGCUAUGGGGUGGCGGACUCGUUCCCUAAAGACUUCGGCUAUGGAGAAGAGGAGGCCGACAUCGAGGACAGUCCGGCACCUUCCGACAGCAAGCCGAGGAUACUGCUGAUGGGUUUACGGAGGAGCGGCAAGUCGUCCAUUCAGAAGGUGGUGUUUCAUAAGAUGUCCCCCAAUGAGACCCUGUUUCUGGAGAGCACAAACAAAAUCUACAAGGAUGACAUCUCCAGUAGCUCCUUUGUCAACUUCCAGAUCUGGGACUUUCCUGGCCAGGUGGACUUCUUUGAUCCCACCUUUGAUUAUGAGAUGAUCUUCAGAGGAACUGGAGCGUUGAUAUUUGUUAUCGAUGCUCAGGACGAUUAUGUGGAGGCCCUAGGUAGGCUGCACCUCACAGUAUCUCGAGCUUACAGAGUCAACCCUGAAAUCAACUUUGAAGUCUUCAUCCAUAAAGUGGAUGGCCUAUCUGAUGACCACAAGAUUGAGACCCAGAGGGAUAUUCACCAGAGGGCGAAUGAUGACCUGGCUGAUGCCAGCUUGGAGAAACUUCAUCUAAGCUUUUAUUUGACGAGUAUCUAUGACCACUCCAUUUUUGAAGCCUUCAGUAAAGUGGUUCAGAAGCUCAUCCCCCAGCUGCCCACUCUGGAAAACUUGCUCAACAUCUUUAUUUCUAAUUCAGGAAUUGAGAAGGCCUUCCUGUUUGAUGUGGUUAGUAAAAUAUACAUUGCCACAGACAGUUCUCCAGUGGACAUGCAGUCGUAUGAGCUGUGCUGUGACAUGAUUGAUGUGGUCAUUGAUGUUUCCUGUAUCUAUGGACUAAAGGAAGAUGGCAGCGGGAGUGCAUAUGAUAAGGAGUCAAUGGCCAUUAUUAAACUCAAUAACACCACCGUCCUCUAUCUGAAGGAAGUCACUAAGUUCCUUGCGCUUGUCUGUAUACUAAGAGAGGAAAGCUUUGAACGCAAAGGCUUAAUAGACUACAAUUUCCACUGUUUCCGGAAAGCGAUCCAUGAGGUAUUUGAGGUGGGACUGUCCACGCCGAGGAUGGGUCUCCAGGCAGCUGGCACGCCAUGCUUGAUGAAGGCGGUGGCUCUCAACGGUACCCCCAGGAGCACCGUGUAGAGACAGCAGCUACAGAGUGGAGGAGGUAAAGAACAGAGAGGAAGUGGGAGUCAGUGAAACACAGAAGGACAACAAAUGGGAGGCGUGCUAGCAUGCCGGCCAUUCUCUCCGCUCCCAAAAGCCUUAUACUGAGAGCACAGGACUCUAAAGCCACUAAAAGAAUACAAACCUGCAGCAGUGGAGCAGGUGCUGCAACAUAACGGGGACAAGCUUGCUAAGCUGCAAUAGGACAGAAGGGAAGAGGCACAAAAAAGAGCUUGAUUGCUCUCUUUGUGUGACUUAAAGGCAUUAACAAACUGUUCAAAAGCAUAAAACGAGUAACAAGAGAUGCAAGCCCCUGAGAGGGGAUGGGAUGGGAAGGGAGGGUAGGGGAAGGGAGAGCACCCCGGCCCUCUCAGCACGAAAUCUUCACACUCUGAGAACUACCUGGCCAACAGAAAAGCUGGAUAAACUCUGUACUGCUCUGCUCUUGUCCACAUCCCUGGUUUAAUCCUCAACAACUAGUCAAGGAAGACACUGUGUGAUGAUACUAGGUAUUGUGCACCCAGCUAAGGACUAGUUUGGCCAAGUACACACAACAACACUUGUGAAGCCUAAUAUAGUGUAGACUUGCCUGAUACGAAUACCUGCUUAUACCAUGUUCACAUAAUUCUAUUUCCUUAGCUAUUGAUGCAUUUUUAGGGUUUCCAAGGAGAGUCAAAAGGGACAGGAAUGUAUGAUUUAACUUGUUGGUGUCUGAUGGAUGAACGUGUGCGUGUGUGUGUGUCUGCGCGUGUGCGUGUGUGUGUUGCUCUCCUGCUAAUUCAGGCACACAAAACCGUGACCUCACACACAGGGCUGCACAGGUGUAACAAAUAUUAUUAUUAUUAUUUUUUUUUUUUUAGUUACAUGAUUUGUAAUUAUGAUUUGAAACAAUCAGUUAAUGAUGCCACAUUUUCACCACAGAAAUCCCUAUGGUUUAUCAGGCCAGAGGAGCAUCGAAUUAGUCAGAAAUUCACAACUCGGUGGGAACAUUUUGUGUUUUGUUUGUGCACUCACUAAAAAAAACAAAAAACAAUGAUCUUUGUGUUUUUGUCUGAAUACCCAUUUAAGGAGUAGUGCUGUUUAUAACUAGUAGUGUUUAAUUUUGAUGCAGCAGACCGAUCACUAAAUCCUAAAUGGAACGCAUUCAUCGCUGUGUUUUUAAUUCUUUAGAGGCCAAAUAUCCUGAUUUAGUAGUCUGUGAUAUGAAUUGUGCAGCCCUACCCUACUCUACUCUCACAUUGAGAAUGUGCUGAAAGUGUUGCAAAACAGGGGAAAUAGUUGUACAGUCAAGCUGUAGGACACUGUAAUUGCACUCACUUCAGUUAGUCGCUUAGUCUCGGAGACUCCAGUGAAGUUACCACAUCCUUGGCACAUGGCCCUUAGAGUCCGAAUGACCUUUGAAAAAGUACAUUCCGGUUUUGUGGUGCCAAUAUUUUAACAGUUUCAUGUUCAUGUUCACUCUCUUCACAGAACUGCCCAUUUUUGUUUUUUAGUUUGGCUUAAAAAAUAUAUUAACUAUGAAAAGCGUAAUUACACAAAUCCUAGGAUUCCAUAUUAUGCCCAAUAUAAUGGUCAUUCCAAGCAUGUCUACAAAAUCCAAGUUGUCUUGCAAUCAGCGUAACUUUUUCAUAUUGAAUUGUAGGGGGAUCUGCGCUCAGAAUAAUUAAAAUCAGCAAAAGAACACAACCAAAUCUGUCAUUCUAACUAUUAACUAUGGGGUUAUCCUGUGAUUCUUGCUUCUCAAACUGCAUAUAAAAUUACGUCUUUUUUCUGUUCUGCCAAAGAUGUUACCAUUCACAAAAAAAUAAAACAUACACCUGAGACAA